AUGAAUCAUCCUGUCAAGUUUAGUGAGCAUAGAAACCAGACCAAGCUUACAACACCAUUUUUAUCAAACCCAUGCCAAUACUCGAAGCCACCAAGAAUUGUGCGGAUAUCAGUAACAGACACAUAUGCAACUGACUCUUCAAGUGACGAAGAAAACGAGGUUGCAAGAGUCUCUUCUCAUAAAGGACGAGUCACAAGAGUCAAAAAGUUUGUCAACGAAAUAUCAAUAGAGCCACCACCACCAUCAUCAUCAUCAAGAAGCUCUGAAGGUGUCCGGAGCGACAGCGUUUUGAGGAUCAGACCCUCGAGGAGUGCUAGAAAGAAGGUGGGCGGCAAUGGGUCUCAGGCGAGACGAUUGCCUGCAAAGGCACAGGCUACGGCGGUGGAGGGGAAGAAGUUUAGAGGGGUGAGACAAAGGCCGUGGGGAAAAUGGGCGGCUGAGAUUAGAGAUCCUUUGAGACGUGUAAGGCUGUGGUUAGGCACCUAUGAUACUGCUGAAGAAGCUGCUACGGUUUAUGACAACGCGGCUAUUCAGUUGCGUGGUCCUGACGCGCUCACUAACUUUGUCACUCCUCCAGCGAGCUGUUCACCGGCGGCAGCCACCUCGGGGUACAUCUCCGGUGAUGAGUCAAAUAGUAACCAUAAUAUUAACAAUGACAAUGUUAAUGUUAAUGUUAGCUCUCCAAUUUCAGUGCUCCGGUUUAGUGAAGAGGCCGAGACUCAGAGCGUCAGUUCGAGUAGAGAAAUCCGAGAUACCGGAAAUGAAGUUCAUGAAGCCAAAGAGGACUCCUGUGUAUCGGAAAACUUUUCCGAUUUUUCGGAGUAUAAUUCGUCGAUCGACAGUCUGUUUCCUCCAACAACCGACAUUUGUGAAUUUCGGAGUUCCAUGAGGGAUAUUUUUGAGGAAACAAGUUUUGCCGACGGUGGGUUUUUGAAAGACGAAGAUUUCAGGGACAUGGAUUUUGAUUUUGGAUUCGGGCCAUCAAGUUGGAACGUGCAAGACCACUUUCAAGAUAUUGGUGACUUGUUCGGGUCUGAUUCUCCUAUAGCUAUAUGA